UACCUUGUGAAUUAGCAUCGCAAAUUCCUCAGCCACGAAUACAUUAUAUUAUAUUUUGAAUAGAAUAAAAUAUAGAAUUUAUCAUAUUAUUGUCAAUUUAUUUUCUAUACGCACAAAUAAUUUAUAUAUAACUAUUUAUAUGUAACUAUGUAUUCACCGUUGUCGCCUCAAGCUAGUCUUAGUUCAGAAUUAAGACUAAUUAUAAAUGAAAGAAAUAUGUUGAGCAUGCGGAGCCGUAUGAAGGGUAUAAUUUUUUAUAUCUUUUUUUUAAAUGUAUCCGUUAACUGUAAUUAUCACUUAAGCAAGUUUUACAUCAUGAUUUUUUCAGUUCUACAUGCUUUAAAUGAAGAUAAUGAAAAAUGUGCAGAGGAAAAGGAAAAAAUUCUAAGAUCACAAGCCAUUCAAGAAAUACUCACUACAGAAGUUACUUACUUGCAACAACUGGAAAUCUUAGCAGAAUUUUUUAUACAACCUAUUCUCAAGAGAAAAUUGUUGGACCAUCCAUUACUUGUCACCUUAGCUGAAAACAUAAAAACAUUAUAUAAUGUGAGUGGUGAACUGGUGGCAGGAUUAAAACGUAAUCCUGAUAACAUAGCUGGAGUAUUCCACAAACUUGCACCAUUCUUUAAAUUAUAUUCUGUUUAUGCUUAUGAUUAUACACAAGUAUUAAAUUUACUACAGACAAAUGAAGAGAAUGAUUCUGUCUUCAAAAAAUUUAUUUGUGAUCAAGAAACAAGAUCAGAAGUAGGCAGGAAAUUGUCUUCGUUGUUAAUUACACCAGUGCAAAGAGUACCAAGAUAUCAAUUACUUGUUAAACAAGUGUUACAACAUACUCCUUAUAGACAUAGAGAAUAUCGACAUUUACAGGCAUGUCUGGUUGAAAUUGAAAAAUCUGCGAAACACAUAAAUACUUUAAUCGCACAAAAUGAAGAAACACAAAAAUUAUUAAAUCUUCAGAAAUGCAUUGUUACUUCUAUUAACCUUGUCAAACCUGGUAGAAUGUUAAUCAAACAAGGACCAUUGAUGCGUGUUUCGAGACGAGGCAAUUCAACUUAUAGACGAUAUUUUGUUCUUUUAAAUGACACUCUGUUGUAUUGUAAAGGUGAACCAGAGACAUCGCUGAACAUAUCUUGCGUUCUACCAUUAAACAAGUGCAGUUUAACCUGUGUUCUGAGCAAAAAAUUGUUCCGUAUAACGUGUUUGCAUGAAACAUUCUUAUUGUACUCAGAAAAUGCGGAUAGUGCUGAAUGGAUACAAUCGAUACAAAAUGCUAUUAAAAAAUAUACUGAAUGUCGACAAACUUUGAGAAAAGAAAGUAGCUCGAGAAAGCCACUUAGACAUAAAAAUAUUAAUGAGUUUUCAUCAGAUGAUAUACCAAAAAAAUCUAUUAAAAGAAAAAGAUGUAUAAAAGAUGAACAGGUAUCGUUGGACACCUCCAAUAUAAUAUACUUUAAAAAGGAUAAUGAAAUGGAUGAGGAUACUCAAAGUAAUAAUAUUUGUUUACCUAUUACUACCAAAAGAUUUAAACAAAAUGAAUAUUCCAAACCUGGUCAUACUUCUCCCCAAGUAAAAAAUACAAAACUGAAAUUAUGUAAAAAUAAAAAUACACAAUCUAUAUCUACUCCUAGAUGCUUAAAAAAAUCAAGUCACAACAAUUAUAAAACUCUUCCAAUGACAACGAUACAUGGAACAAGUUCAUGCUCCAUCACAUCGAACGACGAAGAACACACAUCGCCGUUCCAAAUAAUGAGUGAUUUUUUCUCAUUUAUCGGUACAACAAUAAAAGACUUUUUUACGUUCAAAUAAUCCAUAAAUUAUAAGAAAAUAUGAAAUUGAGACUGACAAUGAGACAAAAUGCACGCAUGCGCAGUAGUACCAGCUCGUCGAAUACGAGUGGUAAAGCUUUUUCUCGAGCCUGGGGGGAACAUCGCGUUACACAGCUCUCGCAGUUUCACGCAUUUUUCGAAGGAAUUUACCGUAGAAAAUUAUUGGAGGUUACUGUAAGAACGUAUUUGUCGCGUAGACAGAUAUCACGGUGGAAACAGAGUAUUCUGAAAUACUCAACAUUUGCGGAUUUUUAGAUAUAUACAGCUACAGUAUAUCGCAUAAUACCUAAUACCGGAAACGAAAGCAGGUAAUAAAGGAAGCAAAAGGGUGGAGAGCAACGCUCAUAAAGAAAAAAA